AUGGGCUGCGCCAUGUCCGCGGAAGAGCGAGCCGCUCUGGCUCGCAGCAAGCAGAUUGAGAAGAAUCUCAAGGAGGACGGUAUCCAGGCAGCCAAGGACAUCAAGCUCUUGCUGCUUGGAGCGGGCGAGUCCGGCAAGAGUACGAUCGUGAAACAAAUGAAAAUUAUCCACGAGAGCGGCUUCACGCCGGAAGACUUCAAGCAGUACAGACCCGUCGUAUACAGUAACACGAUACAAUCUCUAGUCGCUAUUCUCAGAGCAAUGCCUAAUCUGGGCAUCAGCUUUUCAACCAACGAGCGAGAGACGGACGCAAAAAUGGUAUUCGACGUAAUACAAAGAAUGGAAGACACGGAACCCUUUAGCGAAGAAUUGCUGGCGGCUAUGAAGAGGCUGUGGUCCGAUAAUGGAGUGCAAGAGUGCUUUGGCAGGAGCAAUGAGUAUCAGUUGAACGACUCCGCGAAAUACUUCCUGGAUGACUUGGAUCGAUUAGGAGCGAGGGAAUACCAGCCAACGGAACAGGAUAUUCUCAGGACCCGAGUGAAAACGACGGGAAUCGUGGAAGUCCACUUCUCAUUCAAAAACCUCAACUUCAAAUUAUUCGACGUAGGUGGUCAGAGGAGCGAGCGUAAGAAAUGGAUACAUUGCUUCGAGGAUGUAACUGCAAUUAUCUUCUGCGUGGCAAUGUCCGAAUACGAUCAGGUGUUGCACGAGGACGAAACGACGAAUCGGAUGCAAGAGAGCUUAAAGCUGUUCGAUUCGAUCUGCAACAACAAGUGGUUUACCGACACCUCGAUUAUCCUCUUCCUGAACAAGAAGGAUCUCUUCGAGGAGAAAAUCCGCAAGUCUCCUCUCACAAUCUGUUUUCCCGAAUACGCUGGUGCGCAGGAGUACAGCGAAGCGGCUGCAUACAUCCAGGCACAGUUCGAAGCGAAGAACAAAUCGACCACGAAGGAGAUUUACUGCCACAUGACCUGUGCCACCGACACGAACAACAUUCAAUUUGUGUUCGACGCAGUCACAGACGUCAUUAUCGCCAAUAAUCUGCGCGGCUGCGGUCUCUACUAGGCUAAUUCUGUAUUCUACGUUAAGCGCAAACGGAGGAGGAAAACGUCACCCACGACAUGGCUGGCCGGACUAUAUUCUUCAAUGGAUUCGUGGUUCGUCUCGGUUCUACUCCGACGCGAGAAAGGGAGAAGGAGAGUGAGAGAGAAAGAGAGGGAGAGAAAAAGAGAGAGAGAUAGAGAAAGACGACCCCUUUCGUUAUCAAUGCUGUGCAGAAGCGUAGCGGAACGUUUAGUUUGUCUUGUCUUAUACUAACGAAUCCGAGAAGCCGACGUCGUCAAUCGUUCAUGAUGAUCGGUCGGAGAAACGGCACGCUCUUUGGCGUAGGCAGCGGUGAGGAACAAUCGAUUGCGGGAGAGAAUGCGUGCUCUUCAGAACGGAGACGGCGAGCCAUCGUUGGCUUUGAUCCUCGGAAAGGGAGCAGAUGUCGUUUUCGCAGGAAACGAGAUCGAAGUGAUCGAGGGGCGGUUUCGCGAGGGUGAUGUCACGACCUUAUAUAUAGUACACGUGCCGAAGAAACGUGAAAGAGAUCUCAGUUUAUUCAAGCGCUUUAGCACACUCGACCGUCGACGGUCGACGAAAACCGGCGAGUCCUGCACAAAAAUUGAGUGAGUCCGUGGACCGUUCGAUCGAUGGAGACUCUGGCGAUCGACGUUGAGAAUCGUCGAGGCGCGCGCGCGCGAGAGGGAGAGAGAGGGGCACUUUUUGUAACCGCGCGAAUCUUCGAGCUUCGUUCUCGUUUCGCUGCAGAAACGCUCGAGCAUUCCAUGACGCUCCACGCGGAGGAAGAGAGAAAGAGAGUCACGCGUGCGCGCCACGCACACACGAGUCGAGGACCUUUUCCCACAAUUUUCGCACACAGAUUUUACUAAGCGCACUCGAAAAGUUCGGUUUAUAUAUACACAUAUAACACAUUCAUAUAUUCUCUUACGUCUCUCCUUUCCAUCGAGGGAACAAAUUCGCGCGCGAUCGAACGUAUCUCUCUUCGCGGAGCGCCGACAUGCGUUUUCCGGCAAAUUUGCAUUUUGAUAAAGCGGAGGCGAGCGGCCCUCGAGGGCCCGCGACAAAUGAUGCAAAAUUUUGUAAAGAGAGCAACGGUAUCGAACAUCGCGAAGUGUCUCCAAGCUCAGUUGAUUACUUCUCGUAAUGUAACGGUUAGAUCAUUCUAUUUUUACUUUACGUCAUUUCUAUACGUCAUGCAAUUACCACGCCAGUUAAUAACGACGACCACGCACACGGGGUUAUUCCUAGGCACAGGAGCAUUACAGAACACAAAUGUCGAUCCAUACGCACAUACACAUACGCGCAUAAAUUAUUUUUCACGGUGGAGAAAACUUUAUUCCCUUCGUUAACGAUCGUCGCAGAGUGUCAUGUACAGUAUACUGUUAGCGCACGUAUACACACGAAUUUCCAGACACAGAUUAUAUACACAAGACCGUUGUCGAGCCCUUGAAAUCCUCGCGCGACUUCGAAAUCAUCCGUUUCGCCGCUCUGCGAAAUUUCCCGAUGGGAAGUAUUAGAGAAAUGA